UCCAGUCACUUCCUGUCACAAGGACACACAGACAGAUUAUCAAUGAGUCUAUACACACUUUUAAGAUUAUUGUGAAAGACCAUUUAAACAUUACAAUUAGUUACCGUAUCACACAAAAAACAUCACAAUUUUCGGUUUCAUUAAGAAAAGACUCUCCAGUAUGAUACAAAAUGUACCAAUAUACAGAAAUUUACAACCGAAGAAGAACCCUAUUAGCGAUGAUUAUCGAAUAACCGGAAGUGUUUUAGGGCUUGGUAUUAAUGGAAAAGUUGUAGAAUGUUUCCAGAAGACAACAAAUCAAAAAUGUGCCUUAAAGGUCUUGCGGGAUGUGCCAAAGGCGAGAAGAGAAGUUGAUUUACAUUGGCGGGCUUCAGGAUGUCCUUAUAUUGUCAGAAUAAUAGAUGUUUAUGAAAAUGUCUACAGUGGUCAGAGAUGUCUGCUUGUAGUGAUGGAAUGUAUGGAAGGUGGAGAAUUGUUCAGUCGAAUACAAGAAAGAGCUGACAGUGCAUUCACAGAAAGAGAGGCAGCAGAAAUAGUAACUCAGGUGGCUAGUGCCAUUCAUUACUUACAUUCCAUGAACAUAGCACACAGAGAUUUAAAGCCAGAAAAUUUGCUAUAUACAAGAAAAUCUUCAGAAGGCAUUUUAAAGUUGACAGAUUUUGGAUUUGCCAAAGAAAUAACUACACAUACAAAAAGUUUACAGACACCAUGUUAUACACCAUAUUAUGUUGCACCUGAAGUGUUGGGUCCAGAAAAAUACGACAAAUCAUGCGAUAUGUGGUCUUUAGGUGUUAUUAUGUAUAUUUUAUUAUGUGGUUACCCACCUUUUUAUAGUAAUCAUGGUGCAGCUAUUUCACCCGGUAUGAAAAAAAGAAUAAGGAAUGGGCAAUAUGAAUUUCCGAACCCAGAAUGGAGUAAAGUAUCAAAAGAAGCAAAAGAUUUAAUACGAGGUUUGUUGAAAACAAUUCCUGAAGAAAGACUAUCAAUAGGAGAUGUUAUGGGUAAUAAAUGGAUUUCAGACAAUACAAUUGUACCUGAUACACCUUUGUUUUCUGCAAAAAUACUGAAGGAAGAUGAAGACAUGUGGCAGGACGUUCAGGAGGAAAUGACAAAUGCUUUAGCAACAAUGAGAGUAGAUUAUGAACAAUGUCCAAUAAAGAACUUAGCAGACUCUGACAACCCUAUUCUUAAAAAACGAAAAAUGAGAAACGAAGAACAAAUGGUUUGAAAUGUCAUCAAUUAUUGAAGUUUUUAGUCAAUUUAGUCAUGUUGAGAAUAGCAAAAUAUUCUUUAUAAGUGAGGAAAACAGAUUAUUCAGAUGUUUUUGUUCUUCAUAUGAUUUUUUGAUCGUUUUUCAAAGGAUAGUUAAAAACAUACUUUUGUUUUAUAUACUUGUUAUGAUAUUUGUUAUAGUAAUAUUUUAGAUGAACUUUUUAAAAUGGAUACAUCUAUGGAUAUAUUUUUUUCUGAAUAUUUAUUAACAAUACAUUUUAAUGAAGUUCUGGAGAAUGUGCAUAGCAUUCAUGCCAGGUCUUUAACAUUCUAUCAGCUGAAGAAAAAAAAACAGUAUUAAAUAUGGAAGCUAUUUCUACAUGACAAAUAGUUCAUUACAACUUUGAGCUACUUUUCACACAGAACAACAGUAUUCUUCUUAAUUCUGCAGGCAGGAUUUGUGUCACAUUGUGACUUUGACACAUAUAGUUUUUAAAGUAUUGUUCUUUUCUAAGUCUGGAGGAAAAAGGGGGAAAACGAUUUUUAUCAAAAGUAAUCUUCUUACUUUAUCCCUAUUUGUGUAUCUUCUAAAAUAUAUGUUGUUAAGUGAAUAACAAUUGACCCAGGUGAUUUGUUAAUAAUGUUGUAGAGUAUCUGUGUUGCCAUUAACAUUGAUAAGUUCCAGCAAGAAUCAUGAAAUAAAUGUGAACUUUCUUUCUUGUUGAUUCAUUCACAACCUCUGCAUAAGUUUGGACUAAACUAGAAAAAUAUAAUAAAUUAGCAUGAAGAUGGGAUGAACAGAAUUUGUUUUCAGAACCCACCGUUUUCAGAUUCAAAAGGAUAUCAUAAGUGUUUAUACAGUAUUGUGAUCUUGAGCCUUGUAUUUUUGUUUUAUAUAUGUCAAUCUAUCAGGCAUCCCCUACCCCUUACAAAUUUUCCUUGACUAACCAUUAUGAGGAAUUGUGAUCAAAUAUUUUAAUGAAUACCGGUACAUAUAUAGUUCUUAAGCAUUUAGUUGUUUGAAGUUGUUCAUAAUAUGUCAUAAUUCAUUUCAUGAUCGAUGAAAGAUUUCAUCAAAAAUGUAUUUUGUCAAUAAAUAUAUAUAGUGACUUAUUCAUCAUUUCUAUCAAUUUUUAUGAAAGAAGCGAAUUUCGGAACUGACAGGGGACAACAAACAAGAUAUUUUCAAAACAAUGUGAAAUUACACUUUAUAAUAAAUUUCAUGCAUUAGGAGCACCUUUCUAGAUUUACCACACUAGGAAUGUAAAACCAGAACAUUUGAAAGCCAUGGUUGCAUAUAUUUGGGGCAAAGUUAGAAACUAUAUAACCAAUAUACACCUAAAGUGAAUAGUCAAAUUUAUUUCAUGUUAACUGUGCGUGAGAGAGUUAGAAACUUAGUAUCUUAAUAAUAUUUCUAAAUUUAUCAGAGGGAAUUAAUGAAAUAUUUUACAAAAUCAUGUCUGCUCUGAGGCACUGACUAUAAUGAUCUUACCUGUAUAUUUAUGUAUAUAACUAUUCUGAAUUUAUCUAGUAUUGCAUUUUCAUCAUACAGAAAAAAUUGCUAGAUCAUUGCAGAAUUCUAAGCAUUUAUUACAAUCUUCAAUUUCAUCAGUUUGAGAAAAAUCAAGCUAAGAAAAAUGUUCCCACGGUUAGACAGAAUAUUAAGUAUGCGAAAAUUGACUUUGAGAAAACAAUAGUUUAUAUUAUUGUGAAUAAUAUUUCAAGUUUAAACAAACUUUUCUCACUAAUGAGAUUGGAAAGAUCUUGUGACAUUGAGGUAAUUGUGUAUAGGGAAUUCAAGAGAAAAUUGCCUUUGAAUCAAAUAUUUUUUCCAAAAAUAUUACAUGUAGGUGUUCAAAACAGUUGAAUUGAGAUCUGAAUGGACAGGAGAUAUUGGAACAGUUUAAAUACAAUAUAUAACCUCUUCAUACAAAACAAUGUUAUACUCACAGGGAAAUUAAACAUUUCCUGACAUAUUCAUUAUAAUAUUUGUUAUACAAGUAGACACUUUAUAAAAGUUUGACCUUUAUUAUAUAUAUAUAAGACACAGUACUAAAAAUAGGUUGUGAUUUCAUACCAUUCAUACUAUGAAUACAACCUUUGAAACAACAUAUUGAUAUUUUUAGUGAACAUGUUUUAUAUUAGGAAGGCUUUUUUUCAAUGAUUUGAUAGAUAAUGUUGUAUUAUGGGGGGUACUACAUUGUUUUGUGUUUUCUGAUAUGUCCAGACUUUAUUUAAAAGGAUACUGGACAAAGUUUAGGAGGACCGAAGUUGGAUAUCUGAACUGAUCUAAUAUUUUUAUUUAAAAGAAUUUUAAUAUCAUAUAAUUUUUUAAGCUUUUAGAAAUGUCACACUAAAACACGUGUUUGGCAAAAUUAUUUAACACUCUGAUCUGUGAUUUUUUUAAAGCUUUAGAAAUCUAUUGCCAUAAUAGUUUUAGAAACUUUACCUGAAGCUGUCUACAUCACAGUAUAUCUGUGAGUGUUUACAAAGUGCAAUAGAAAUUUUCUCCUAUGUUAGGUGAAACGUGAAAUCAAGUACAAACUUCUAAUUGAAAGAGUUACUAUUUUCCCAUUGGAUAGUCUGUAUGAACAGUUUGACUUGUUUUGUUUAUAUAUUCAAUAGCUAAGAAGGAAUAUGUGGUUCACCAAUCUAAUAAAAUGUUAACCAACUUCACAUUUCAGAUAUUUAGCUGUAACUAGGAGGAAAAAGUAAGGUUUUCAGAUGCUUUUGUGUUUUCAAUAUGUGAUUCACUAUAAAUUAUAAGGAUCUUGUUUCACUUCUUUAUAAAUAUCAUUUAGUAGUCUUUGUAGAUAUCAAUUUUUUUUAUGUGCUUCAUAUAGAGAUGGGUUAUGCUGACUUGUUCAGAGUUUUCAAGAACUUUCAAUUUUAGACUAUUACUCAUAAUAGGGAAAGGACAUUGAAGAAAUUAAUUUGAGAAUUCCAAACCUUGUAAGUUUUUUCCAAAUAUAAGUUUGCUAUAUCUAAACUAAUUGUAGGAGUCUUGCUCUGUAGAUUUUGUCAUAUCUCCACGAACAAUGAGUCUUUUCUUGUGAACUUACAUAAAAUUUCGUCCUUGAAUAGCUGAACAUUAAUGAGUUGUAACAUAUGAGAAUUUUUCAAAUGUGUGUAAUACCUUCACCCUGUUUGUGAAUACUUAAAUUUUGAAACAUCUUGAAUGGACUUGAUCUUUUUCAUCACACUUUUCCUAAGUACUACUGUAUACAGAAUGACUUCAUUUUUAGUUAGUGGUGUGAUAAUUUUCUGGAUUUAUAUAGUACCUACUUCCUGUUAUCUGAAACUUCAAAUUACAAAUGGGGGCAUACUUAGCACAACAUGGUGUGCAGUAUUGUUCAGCAAUUAUAUAUUGAUGGUUUUCGUUAUUUUGCUACAGUUUCAGCCAAUCAGCUAUUUACUAAUAUUUACAUCUGACCUGAAGAGUGCAAGCAAUUGGAAGUGUGGUCCAGUAUAUUCAAGAGCUAAGGACUUCUUGAUGCUUAGCUGAUCAGGAUUGUUGGUACAGAAUGAAAGAGUUUUUCUUGAUUUACAUAGUGCAUAGUAGUAGUCCACAAAAAAGUUUAAAAGAUAAAUAUAAAUAGGGAUGCAUAUUUACAAAUUAUGAAAAGAUGGCUAAGUAAAUAAAAUGCCUUCCAAAAAUCAGAGCAGACAUUCUUCUGUUUGUCAAUAUGUCAAAUACUCAAAUUCUUAAGUCAAAGUAUGAGUGUUGUAUCCCAAGAUUUUCUGUUAUGUUAAGUUAAAGUGUACAUCAAUAUAAAAUAGAAAGAUGUUCUGUUGUUAUAAGAAUUACCCACAAUGCUUACUUGAUUUACUAUAUUUAGAAAGUUGUUACACUGUAUUGUCAUGAUUGUUAUAUCAUUAUACUUAACACUACUAUAUUUUGUUUCAUUGUUAAGAAUACUUGAACAAUUAGAGAGAUACUUGUGAAUUGUGAUAUAUUUUGUUCGUAUGAUUGAGAAAAUGUAAACAAUAAAAUAUUUGUAAUUUUUUGUGUAAA